GUGUCCAUCCACUCCAUCCGUAAACCGUAAACUUUUCAGGCAGCUAUUAUAAAUUAAUUAUGGUAAAUUCGUAAAUUACUUAAUUAAAUACUUCCACAAUGAAAGAACUUUGUACAUUUGUAUUGUUAUCGGCAGCUUUAACUUCAGUAUCAGGAAGCGGAGGAAUCAAUGAAGUAUUCGUGCCGCCUAAAGUGGAAGGGCAGGACGUAGUGACAUGGUGUACUACUUCUAUAGCGGCGCAGGAGAAAUGUGAGAAGCUGACGAAGAUUGCUCAGUUGGACAAAGGCCUACUCGGGGCUGAUUAUAUCGAAAUACAGUGUAAACGGGCUUUUGACACAGAACAAUGCAUGGCCUGGGUGGACCAAGGGGAGGCAUCCCUACUGGCCCUUGAUGCAGGGGAAGUGUAUGUGGCUGGCCGCUACCACUCUCUUGUGCCUAUCAUGCAAGAAUUAUAUGGUCGGGGAGAACCAUACCAAUAUGCUGUGGCUGUAGUCAACAAAGGCGGCUUGCCCAACGUCCAAGCUGGGACAGGGCUGUAUGGACUGCGUGGAGCCAAGGCCUGCUUCCCCGGUGUUGGCUCCUUGGCCGGAUGGGUCAUGCCUAUACAUACUCUAAUGCAAGAAGGUGGGCUAAGGAUAGCAGACUGCAACAACCAUGUCAAGUCAGCGAUUGAGUUCUUCGGAGACUCUUGCGCACCAAACUCAUUGAAGGACAUGUACAACCCCAUUGGAGACAACCCUGACCAAUUAUGCAAGCUAUGUGUUGGAGGCGCCGGUGUCCGUUGCACUCUAGCGGAUCCGUACGCCGGCUACGAGGGCGCUCUGAAGUGCCUCGUGGCCAACGGCACUGGCGACAUUGCCUUCGUGCGAGACACCACUAUACAGCACGCGUUACUGUCAACCAAGAUUAUAGGAGACGUGUCCCCGGACCGCUUCGAGCUGGUCUGCCGCGACGGGUCCCGGCGGGCCGUGACCCAGUGGGAAGGCUGCAACUGGGGCCGCGUGCCCGCCGACGCUGUCGUCACGAGCAGCGCCGCUUCGCUACAACAGAGGAAACGCUACCAAAACCUAAUUCAAAAAUUGGUCCAACUGUACGGUGAACCAAAUCCCCUAAACAAAAAUUCGAACCGCAGCGCGACCUACCAGUCUCGUGAUGGCUACGGGAACGCAUACACUUCCACAACAGAGCGAUAUUCGUAUGAUCCGUACAGGAGGAAUUAUAAUGAUAGGAGCCAUGAGAGGGUUGAUAAUGAAGAUAAUGAGUUGAGCAUUAGCACGGAGUCGUCGUUUCAGCCCAGAAAGGAUAUAAACGGGCACAGCAUAGAGUCGCCCUUCCGGCUGUUCAAUUCCAACGGCACCACGGAUUUACUAUUACAGGACGCUACAAUAAACUUCCGUAUACUCCAAGAAGAAGAACAGGCAGCCAAGCACAUCCUGAACAACCAGUAUGUAGGAGACCAAGCCGAGAAGGCAGUCUUUAACAUCAGGAACUGUCCUAUUAAGAGGAUGAUACUGUGUGUUACCAGUGACGCUGAGAUGGACAAGUGUGUCAAAAUGAGGGUGGCCCUAAAGGCAGCGUACCUCCAACCGUCGCUGAUCUGCUGGCGCGGGCACAGCACGCGGCACUGCGAGCGCUCCAUCGCCUCCGGAGUGGCCGACGUGGCCGUCAUGGACCCGGCGGACAUGUUACACGCGGCCAUGGCGCAUAGACUUGUUCCUUUUAUGCAGGAGAUCUACUCAAGUGGCAAAAACUGGUACUACGCAGUGGCCGUCGCAAAAGAACAAGACCCGGACACGGAUCUAACGUAUCUCCGCGGCAAAAACUCUUGUCACACGGGCCUGGGCCAAGCGGCCGGGUGGAUCUUCCCACUUGCCUACCUCAUCUCUAAUGGGUGGAUUCGUUCAUACGGCUGCGACGGCGCGCACGCGGCGGCGCAGUACUUCACGAAGUCGUGCGCCCCCGGGGCCUUAAGCACCGAGUACGUGGACGCCAACACCGUGCCGCACGACAACCUGUGCCACCUCUGUCACGGCGCUGCGUUUAGACGAUGCCGCCGCGAUGCGAGCGAGGACUAUUACGGGCAUGUGGGCGCAGUCCGCUGCAUGGUGGAAGGAGGGGGGGAUGUAGCGUUCGUUCGACACACCGCGCCUGCAGAGGUCUCAGGAGGCCGUCGUACUGAGUGGUGGGCGAGGGACCUACUGCCUGAUGACCUGCAGCUGCUCUGUCCUGACGGAACCCGCGCGAAAAUGCACGAAUACAAGCACUGCAACCUGGGCAAGGUCCCGGGUUCGGUUCUCAUGGGCCGCGCGAACCACACCGAGCUCGACACGUACUCCAACCUCAUGGUGUACGCGCAGCAGUUGUACGGAGCCACGGCCACUGAUGAGUUCAGCUUUAGCAUGUUCGACACAAAACCCCCAUACUCCGACCUGAUCUUCAGCGACGCGGCCGUCCAACUGAAGCCCUUACCGCACAAAGAACGCUCCGCGGAGCUCAUCGCCGGCCCCGCUCUGCUCCGAGCGGCCAAGAUAGUCUCCUGCGAUGCUCCCCAGUCGGCCUACUAUGUAGCUGCCGAUGCUGACUUCUUGUCUCAUGCUUACAGGACAGGGAUGGUGGGAUAUGUACUGGCUGUUGCUUUGUUUCUAGUGGCGCUACUUCGAUAAGUAACCAUCACAUUUAGGAUAUACUGCAAGGAUAACUGCCU